AUGUUGUUUGAACUUUGGAUGCACUGCCUCAAAACCCCUGCACCUGCCACCCGCACAAGCGGGGUGUGCCUUCCACCCAACUUCACGCUCUUGCCAUCUAAACUUCGUCUUCAUGCUCACCUCUUGAUAAUAGACGUACCCCAGAUGAUUCCGAAAGCCCCACAGGCCAAACCGGAACCGGAAGACAGCGUAGGAGGAGUCGGAAAUGCAUCGGGUGUUCUCCCCGCACAGGAGGACAAUCAAGCCAGGCCAAACAACGAAUCCUUAGAGCAGCUCGAAAUCUUCAAACACGAUCUACUCGAGUAUCAUGGUUCCAAGAUACGGCUCGUAAAGGUACGUCCACCUAAGGGUGCAGAGAGCCCGGUCGAAUGUGACAUACGUAUCGCCUCGACCAGUAGCGACUACAUUUGUCUAUCGUAUGUCUGGGGUGAUCGCGAACCGGGAGAAUGGAUCCUGCUGAAUGGGAAAAAGUUCUGGUCCCGACAGAAUCUAUUCCACUUCCUCACUUCUGCACGGUCACUGGUUGACAUACGGUCAAACUGGAUCUGGAUCGAUGCGCUCUGUAUUGACCAAGAGAACAUCGAGGAGCGCGAGCAUCAAGUAAAAAGAAUGGGACAAAUAUAUUCGCGCGCAAGCAGAGUCGUUUCCUGGUUCGGCAGUGAUGGCACAAUAUCUCUUUUUCUUCACUUUGCGCAAGCAAGGAGAUAUAACUAUGUUGGAGGUCUAGUCGCGUUUUGUAUGUCACCGUACUGGAAGAGGGCCUGGAUUACACAAGAGAUAGCUCUGGCACGCAGAAUCUCGUUCAUGGCCUGUCAAACAAUUCUGGAUUCAGAUCAACUACCUAGCCAUACAAACACCGAAGGUAUCGAGCCGUGGACCGAGUUUAAGAAACUCUUCACUUAUUUGCGAGCCAUCCCACGCGAAACACCUCUCUUUCAGCUCCUCAGUAGAUCACUGGAUAAAGAGUGCCAAAUUCCUCGCGAUCGCGUGUUCUCGCUGUUAGCACUAUGUCGGGACGGCAUCUAUGUCGACGUCGACUACACAGCCCCUGACGCAUUGUUAGCUUGGAAAAUUUUAAACUCGCGCAAUCACGGUUUUUGUCUGUGCUCUACAGAAUAUGUUCAUCGCGCGCUCAAUUUGAAAGCCUUGUCGAAGCCUUGUCCGCGCGAGUUUACACCAGCCGGAGAAUAUCGCUGCGCUAGUGUGACUCUACCUGUGCUCUGGUGCGAGGACACACCGCUACAAACCGUCAUGGAUCAAAACAAGCAAAAGAUUCAGGAGGAUGACGAAGCUUGGAGAUUGUCCAACAUCUUCUGGGGCUGCUUCCAGCGCCCAGGGUUCGGUUACUAUCCUGUCUCCCACAUCUCGCGCUGCACGGUCGAACAAGGCAAAUUCUGGCUUGAAAAUCAUAUCGUCCGAUGGAAGUUUCAGAAUGGGUUGAAGGAAGAGACUUGGGUCGUUAUUUGCAUUUCUCUAACUUCAUUGUGUGCUAGUCACACUGGGUGGUUCAAUCUCAUUGUUAACGUAAACACAUCCUGCGCACAUUAUAACAUCGCCCGGGAUCCGUGGGAUGAUCACACCCCUCAAACUGGAGUUCCGUUCUUGGAAGCGGAGUGGUGGCCGAAGCCUGGUGGGCAUGUAUUUCCGCAUUGUAUGUGCGCGGGCGCAAUUGGAGAUGAAUCGAGAUCGGGUGCUGAGAAGGUUGCGCUGGAGUUGUGUUCUGGAGGGUCGGCUCCAGGGAUAUACGAAGUUUGA